AUGGUCGUAGAUUCCCCGAUCCCUUCGGCAGCUCUGUUCAAGCGCGCUCUCUCUCUCUCUCUCUCUCUCUGCAUUAAUUCUCCAAUGGCGAAUCAGCCUUUACUUUCUCCAUUAGCCUAGUACUGACAAAUUCCCUUCUAUAUAUGCUUCUCUCUCUCUCUUCUGAACUUCAAGAGCAGAAAAAGCAUUAAAAACAGAGUUCAGCCUUGAAAAGGAAGUCGCAGCAGGGCAGAAGUCCGCUUCACUUUUCGUCUCUCUUCGUUUGGUUUCGAAUUGCGACCCGGAAAAUGACUGUUGAGCAGAAGUUCGAUCAGCCCUCCGAUCAAUUUCCGGUGGGCAUGCGAGUCCUUGCCGUCGACGACGACCCCAUUUGCCUCCGGCUGUUAGAGACCCUGCUCCGCAAGUGCCAAUACCAUGUUACGACAACCAGUCAGGCAAUCACUGCACUGAAGUUGUUGCGAGAAAACAAAAACAAGUUCGACUUGGUCAUCAGCGAUGUUCAAAUGCCUGAUAUGGAUGGUUUUAAGCUGCUUGAGCUUGUGGGGCUUGAGAUGGACCUACCUGUCAUAAUGUUGUCUGGGAAUGGUGAUACAAAACUCGUCAUGAAUGGAAUCAUCCAUGGAGCUUGUGAUUAUUUGCUGAAACCUGUUCGAAUGGAGGAGCUAAAGAACAUCUGGCAACAUGUAGUUAGGAGGAAGAAGUUUGAUUCCAGGGAUCAGAACAAUUCUGACAAGCCUCUUCAUGAAAGUGAAGGAGGACAAGCAAUUAUACCGGCUGGGGAUUCUGAACAAAAUGUUAAACUGAACAGAAAGAGAAAGGACCAGAAUGAAGAUGAGGAUGAAGAUCGUGUCAAUAGUGGACCCAAUAAUGAGGAUCCAUCAACCCAGAAGAAGCCUCGGGUUGUUUGGACAGUGGACUUGCAUCACAAGUUUGUGGCAGCUGUUAAUCACUUGGGCAUUGACAAAGCUGUGCCUAAAAGGAUUCUGGAUAUGAUGAAUGUGGAGAAGUUGACUAGAGAAAAUGUGGCGAGCCAUCUCCAGAAAUACAGGCUUUACCUAAAAAGGAUUAGCUGCGUUGCAAGUCAGCAAGCUAAUAUGGCUGCGGCUUUAAGUGGUUCAGAUUCUGCCUAUUUGCGGAUGACUUCUCUGAAUGGAUUUGGAAAUUUUCAUGGUAUGGCUAGUUCUGCACAGUUUCAAAAUGCUGGUGUCAGGUCAUUCUCAUCUGGUGGGAUGUUGGGCAGAUUGAACACUGCUGUUGGUCUGGGCAUGCGUGGCCUUUCUCCCUCUGGAAUGGUUCAACUGGGUCAUGCAGAAAACUUGAGCAGCCCUGUUAGUUCUCCGAGCAAUUACCAUCCCAGUAUACUAUCUGGGAAUCCAGACGGGAACAUACUUCAUGGAAUGCCAUUGUCAUUGGAAUUUGAUCAACUACAACAGAACAAAGCUGUUGAUCCCAUUGGAGAUCUAUCUACUGUUGCUAAUGACCCAAUGAUUUUUGCCAUUCCAGCCAACUUCUUGGGUAGAAAAGUAAAUGGCGGUAGCUUGAGCAACCCUGUCAUUGGUGCCCCCUGCAACCAGGUGAUGUUACAAGGGCACGCUCAAGAAAUUGAAAGAGGAGAAGCAAGCGGAAAUCAAUCUGUAACAGUGACCUGCUCAAAUAUGGAAUUUCCUUCACAUUUACCUGAUUUUGGAAGAUGUACUGAUGGUUGGUCUGCUAUUCAGUCUUCUGAGAUCCAAACAAAUUCUUAUACAUUGAGUGAAUGUUUUAAACAUGUUACUCCAAGUUUGAGAAACAAUAUAUCUUCAGUUGUGAUGGAUGCUGGGAGUAACUCUCAUGAUAUUUCUUCAGCGAGUUCAAUAUCUGCUGGUUUUCCAGCAGGCCCAGGGUGGGAUGACAACAAAUUGGGUAUAUCUCAGAACACAAAUCUUAUUUGUGGAUCAACAAACUCUGUGAUUCCUCCUCAUGGUGUUUCGGGUGAAUUCAGCCAGAAAUUGGGCCCUAGGAAUGCAGUAUGCAAUAGAAACGAUGACUUCAAUGUGAUUGCACAGCCAAACCUUGUUAAUCCCUUGACCAUGCCACAUAAUGAGUUUGAACCUUCAGGUAUGGAGUCAACAGUAAAGUUGAAGCAAGGAUACCUUGUAGAGCAAAAAAAUUCACAGAAUGCUUACACCUAUACAACCGUUGGCUCUUUGGAAGAUUUAGUGAAUGCAAUGAUGAAACAGGAACAAGACAACUUGAUCACAAGCAAAGGAGACUUUGGAUUUGAAACUCACUCAGUCGGGACUUGCACCUGAAGUUAGAUGUCAGCUUUCGGCUCAUAAGCCCAGAAGGAUCAGCAGCAAAGCAGUCAUGGUUCGAUGAGAGAUUGUGCCGCCAAGUAAUUGAUUUGUAGUCCAUUUAUGUAUGUAGCCUUUGUGGACUUAGUCAGAGUCUUGCACUGCUACACUACUUGCCAACGUUGCCUCAUCAAUAAUAUGUGCCUUGUGUUAUU